GACGACUGCCAGUUGCUGCAUGUCUUUUCUGGUUGCGUGCGGUAUUGAUAUUCAGCUGCUUGCGGUAUAAUUACGGGGGCCUUCCCCAGCGGACCUGGUCUGAGGAGCUCCAUGUCCGUGUUUAGCCUAGGCCUUGCCUUGCUGGGCGCCGCUUCCCUGUGCCAAAGGGCCGGCGCACAGAAAGAGACGAACGUAACUGCUUGCGAAUCCAGUAUGUCCAAUGUCUCUCUCUACAACUUCACGUUCAAAGACGUAACCCAGCAGCAUGAUAUAAACCUCAGAGACUACAAAGGCCACGUAGUCCUGGUAGUCAACGUCGCUACGUACUGAGGACUGACUUGGACGUAUGGUCAAUUGAAUGCACUUCAAGAAAAGUUUGGCAGCAGGGGUUUCACCGUUCUAGGUUUUCCUUGCAACCAGUUCGGCAAGCAAGAGCCUGGCAGUCCCAGUGAAAUCUUGAAUGGCAUCCGGUAUGUUCGUCCCGGAAAGAACUUCAUUCCCAAAUUUCCAUUACUGGAGAAAGUGGAGGUGAAUGGAGAGACGCAGCACCCGCUCUUUGCUUAUCUCAAGAACCAAUGCCCUUCGCCACAACAAAGUUUCGCCAAGAAAGAGAGGCUGUUCUACGACCCUCAACACUGUAAUGACAUCCGCUGGAACUUCGAGAAGUUUCUUCUCGACGCCCAGGGAAAGCCAGUGAAGCGAUAUCACCCACGAUGCGUUCCAGUCGAUAUUACUGAAGACAUUGAGCAGCUUCUUGCACUUUGCGGGCGUUAAACAUACUAUUGCACUGUUUCUUAACAACGGCUAUGCAAAAUACCGCGACCAAUUGCUAUCGCCAGUGAGAUACGCCAUUACACGGGGGGUGUUCCAAUACUUGUAUCUUUCAGAAGGCGUCUGACUGCACCCGAAGUACACUUUUCGAACAGACUUGCACACAACUAGCGCCACGCCCACCACGUCUCUGACAACGCAGGAACUUCAUACCGAGCUUUAUUAAAAGUUGUGAUUUGGCCGCUAGCGCUGAUAUAUCAAUAUGCGUGAAGUAAAGCGCAAAGUGCACUCUAAAUCUUUUCACACCUUUAAAGGUGUAAUAACGUGCAUGGCGCACGCCUUUUUAGGUGUUAUUUUGGGUAACAUCAUAAUGGAGCAUGAUUUCGCACAAAUUUUCUUUACUCGAGUGUUGUCUGUCCUCCAAAAAUGCAAUCUUGCAACAUCUCAACAUUGUUUAACAGUAUUGUAGACACUUGCGCGUGCUCGAUUAUCGGUAGCUAUGUAUAUAUGCAUUAGCACGUACUGACAAUAUCCAAGACAUAAUGAAAGCAAGAUUUGCACUGACAUUUGAUCUUUAGUAAUGCUUUCCUAAUUUUGUAAAAUAUCUUCCUGGAGAUGCAAUGUUACGCAACCAAGUUGAACGUGCAUAGCGCACACCUUUAAAAGUGUGAAAAAGUUUACAGUGUGGAGCAAAACGUGAUAUUUUUUGUUCGACACAGCCUGUAUCCGUUCCCUUUAAACUUUACUCAUAGGUGACUCUGCGUGACCGGCUUAUUGUAAGCGAGGAAUAUUCGGAUUGGUGUAUGAAUUGAUGAUAAAAAAAAAAUAUAUAUAUAUAUAUAUGUAUAUAUCGGCUGCCAGGAGUCUAAAUACCCGCCAAAAACGCGCGAUUUUCUGUGGUCGUUUUUCUUGUCAUAUGUGCAGCAACGUUUCGGAAGCUUGUAAUAUCAAUAUAGGCCCACAUUUAUUUAUUUAUUCAUUCACAGAGAAAAAAAAACGGAAAAUAAAGAUUUCAUAUUCAAUUACAAAUUUACGUUUAAGGUCGCCCCACCUUACCAUAAUUAUACCUGCACGUGAUAAUUUCCAGGACUACCGUCAACUAGUCUGCAUGGCUAGCCGGCACCUGUGUAGACUAAGCCAAAGGCGUCUUAAUUAAUAGCAGUCGAGGUACAGUGAACUAGGAGAGGGCUGUGCAGCGAACAGAGGGGCUGCAGCUUGGGACGACUGUCAGAGCAAGUGGCGGCGUUGCUGCAAUCGCUAUCUGUAGUUGCGGGCAUGCUUUGCAAAGUAUGUCGUCUGCGUCUCUACUUGUUUGCGAAUAUAGCUUUUUGUUCUCUUCUGUUCUGUUGGGAAGAAGUAACUGUAGUUCCAAUUGCAAUAAUAAUUGCAAUUGGAAUAAUAAUAUUGCAAUACAAUAUAUAAUAUUGGAAUGUAUAAUGCAAUACUAUUGGAAUACAAUUGCAAUAAUAAUUGCAAUUGUCUUCUUGCUCUGCAUCCCCUCCUUACUAACUGCGGCGUCACCAUGGUCGUCGAUUGCAGCGACACAAUUGGCUGUCGACGCCGCGAUAGUCACGCGGACAGCGCGGUCGUUCCACUGUCCUCUUUUAAUUCACUGUAUUCCAGUGUAUUGUGUAUGGGAACGUAACAUAACACGGCUGCACGUCCUAUUAGACCACCAAGAAGCUGUCUAACCAUCGCAUUGGAACACACCCACUGACGACUCGCAGUCUCUAGCUUGUAUUGACUAGGAAGACGGCUUCCAGCACUCGAAAAGGAGAACUUCAGCACGUAUCGCGCUCAAGCCAAACACUGCGAAUCACGAUAUCGUUACCACUCCUGGCUGAAAGAGUGGGGUAACCGUUUUGUAGCAAUUAGCAUCAAUGGAAAGUUUUACAACGAGGCGCAAGCCUUCCAUUUUCAACAAGUCAGGAGGGAGAACAAUAUAAUCGGGAGUGAUGGUUGUUCCCAAGCGUGUUAUGCAAUGAAGUUCUGUUUAUAGAGGGCGACCCUAAUCUGAACAGAGCUAUGAUUUUCACACUGCAGCCGCAUAAACAAUUAAUGAUUUGGAUGGCAUAGUUCACAACGUGGUGGCCCUUAUCAAUCACAAACCGGAAUCCUGAAAGUACGGCCUUCAUCAAGCAAUCUUGUGAGACAUUCCUACGUCUAAUUUUAUUACGAACUUUUACAAAACGAACACAGUGUGGUGCUUCACCUUGCGUGGCAUUCGUAUAAUAGCUGUGCCAGAUGGACGCUUUCAUUUUGCAUAGCCCCCUUUUGCACUCUUAUAUAGUUUUGUUCGGUUAUUGCGCCACGUGGUACGCUGAAGAGAGCAGGCUACAGAGAGCAACCUGCACGUCUUCGCUCGUUGCAGCGCCCGCGUCACUUGACUGGUUAUUGACACAUUAUGAAGAACUGUUGCGAAAGCCUAGGCUGCAGCAGUCCUGAUGUGAGUUGCAACGCACUCUUUUACCGUGUCUGUCCUCUUGUGCAUUCGGGACGACACAACCGAACUGGUGCGUGUGCUUCCGAGUUAAUGGCCAGUCACGAUGACGACGCGUUAGCGUGGGCAGAUACUGCGGUUGUCCAAUGUACCGUUCUUCUUGGCUUAUGUACUCCGUUUAACAAAUAAACACCGCAGUCUUGAGAUCUUCCUUAAGUUUUGAAACGACAGUGAUCUUUCGGUCGCCGGGCCAGUUAAAAACAACGAACCGAGCCAGAGGGCGAUACAGUUAAUAUUACCGGUUCUUUGCUGACUUUGACAUCUUAUUUGUGUUCAACAAUAAAUUCACCACACAGCCACA